AAUCUCACGUAGAGGAGUGCGGGGAGGUCUACAGGGGAAGCAGUGGAAGAGGGGUGGAGGGGACAGCAGGAUAUAAAAUCAGGGCCACAGCCUGGCGGUGACACUCUGGCGGAAGAGAACACGGAGAAUAGAUUGAAUACAGAAGAGAAGAGCCUGGCAAGUGAUAAGAGGUUCACAAUGAAGGAGAUGAAGGUUUUCCAUUACUUGCCCAUCUUGUUGCUGUUGCCUAUAUGCCAAGGACAUGCAGACUUCUUCACUUCAAUUGGCCACAUGACUGAUUUGCUGUACACUGAGAAGGACCUGGUCACGUCACUAAAAGAUUAUAUAAAGGCGGAAGAGCUCAAACUGCAACAGGUUAAAAAAUGGGCAGAGAAAUUUGAUAUGCUAUCGGAGAGUGCAAUAAACGAUCCAGAGGGCUUCCUGGGCCACCCAGUCAAUGCAUUCAAGUUAAUGAAGAGACUCAAUACAGAGUGGCAGGAACUUGAGAAUCUGGUGCUGAAAGACAUGUCUGAUGGAUUUAUCUCUAAUUUGACCAUCCAGCGCCAGUCUUUCCCCACUGAUGAGGACCAGACAGGUGCAGCCAAGGCUUUGAUUCGUCUUCAGGACACGUAUAACUUGGACACAGAUACUCUUUCCAGGGGAAACUUGCCAGGUGUAAAGUGUAAAGCGACACUGACUGCUGAGGACUGCUUUGAACUGGGAAAGGUUGCUUACACGGAAUCUGACUACUACCAUACAGAGCUGUGGAUGGAGCAAGCCCUGCAUCAGCUGGAUGCUGGAGAGCUAUCCUCCGUUGAGAAGGUCGUAAUACUAGACUACCUUAGCUAUGCAGUGUAUCAGCAAGGUGAUUUGAAAAAAGCUCUGAAGCUAACUAAAAGGCUGUUGGAGCUUGAUCCUGAACAUCAAAGAGGAAAUGGAAAUCUGAAAUACUUUGAAUAUAUCAUGGCAAAAGAGUCAAAUAAAACCAGUUCUUCAGAUUCCGAUGAAGCAGAAAUUACGACACGGAAAGGCCGUCCCAAAGAUCACCUACCAGAGAGGCAGAAGUAUGAGAUGCUGUGCCGUGGAGAGGGUAUUAAAUUGACUCCUCGCAGACAAAAGAAACUUUUCUGUCGCUAUUAUGAUGGAAACAGGAGUCCUAAUUUCAUUCUGUCUCCUGCAAAGCAGGAAGAUGAAUGGGACAGACCUCGCAUUGUGCGCUACCAUGAUAUCAUUUCUGAUGAGGAGAUUGCAAAAGUCAAAGAAAUUGCAAAACCAAGGCUGAGGCGAGCCACCAUUUCAAACCCUAUCACAGGAGUGCUGGAGACUGCCCAAUACAGAAUUAGCAAAAGUCGUGCUACAGUCCAUGACCCUCUGACCGGAAAACUGGUCACAGCACAAUACAGAGUCUCUAAGAGUGCUUGGCUGUCUGGUUAUGAGCAUCCAGUCAUUGAACGGAUUAACACAAGAAUACAGGCAAUAACAGGGUUAGAUGUGACCACUGCUGAGGAGCUGCAGGUGGCCAACUAUGGUGUUGGAGGGCAGUAUGAGCCCCAUUUUGAUUUUGGAAGGAAAGAUGAACCUGAUGCUUUUAAAGAGCUUGGUACAGGCAACCGAAUCGCUACAUGGUUGUUUUAUAUGAGUGACGUGGAGGCGGGUGGUGCUACAGUUUUUCCAGAAGUAGGAGCAGCAGUUUACCCUAAAAAGGGAACUGCGGUGUUCUGGUACAAUCUCUUUGAAAGUGGAGAAGGAGAUUAUAGUACAAGACAUGCAGCCUGUCCUGUAUUAGUUGGAAAUAAAUGGGUAUCCAAUAAAUGGAUCCAUGAGCGGGGUCAAGAGUUUCGAAGACCGUGUCGCUUAUCUGAAUUGGCAUGAUCCACACCUACGUUAUGUGAAAACACAUCUCAGCCACAAAGCUUUACAGACUGUGCUUUGCCCAGUUUGCUAGCAAAGAACUCUAAUGCCAUAAUCCCAGAAUACUGGGGAGAAUCACUUGUGGAGGACAUGAUCCAAUAUUUGUUUUAAAUUACUAAUACAGGUGAACAUCUACAGAGUUACAAGUGUGCAUUGUUUGAAGCCAAUGGAUAUACCAAGUCUACAAAGAUCUAAAGCAAAGGAGGUUUGUGAUGCAUCUGCCUAACCUUUUAUUGCUUUGGAGACUUCAAAAGAUUUCAUUGCCCACCUUUGGUGCAGGGUUUGUUUGUCGCUUUUUGCCUUCUAAGAUGUCAGGACUGACUUUAAUCUUUUUUUUUUUUUUUUUUUUUUUUUUUUUCUCACGGUUUGUUUUUUUGGUGACAGUUGUUUUUUUGUUUUUUUUAUUAUUUAUAUAAUCCUUUUUGUUUAUUGAUCUGCUAUUUUUAGAAAAACUGUUUGCAAGAUUGAGCCAAAGAGCCUAUUGAGUAUUUCUUUUGAAUAUGAAAUGUUUGGGAGAGUUGUUCCUGAUUAUCUGAAAAGUGAAAUCGGUGAUUACAGUACAUUUUGCAGUGCAUAGGAAAAGAAACUUAAUGGGCUUUGGAAUCUGCUUAAAGUAAUUUUUCUACCAUAAAAUCCUGCCUAGUAAAGCCUGUUAAGGUGAAACGCUUAGAACUUAUUGCUUAAAAUGUGGUAACCUGGAAUCGUGCUUCUCUGACAGUCAGGCACUGGCUUUGAGAGGGUACUAACUGGGGAUCUCAAUGGUAGUGGUAGACCUAUGCCAGCAUAGUGCUCUAGGACUGUGGGUGUCAUGUCAGUAUCCCUUGUGUAUACAAUUAUUUUGGGACCCUGUGUGUCAGCUUGACCUUUGGUCUGAUGCUUGAAUACUUUCUCAGUAUAGCGUGUUAAUAUGGCAACCCGUGUGUCAAUUUAACCAUUGAUUUAAUACACAAUAAUUUUGCAGUCUUCAGUGUUCAGCAUUAUAAAUACUGCCACCUGGAGACCCAAAAAAGGGUUUCUGGAGCCCACUUGGUGUUCAAUACAAUGUGUUGAGUAAACUAAAGUUUUUUUUUACCCUGGGUAGCAUGAUUUAUAGACUGUCAUUUUAUUUAGAAUUAAAAGAUGCACACUUGGGGGAGUAUUUCUGAUCUUACACUGUGCAGAGUAUGAACCUGUGGCCAAAUAUUCUAUUUUUUGCAGACUGAAUAAAAGAAAUGUAACAGAUGCCUCCACCCACAUUAACAGCAUGGAUAGACCAAUCCCCCUUGCUGGGCUGUUGUAUUCAAAUGGCGCCUGUCGGCUAAACACCAGCUGCAGUUGUAAUAUUCUAACAGUUUUUCUCCCUGGAUCCAUCAAUUUUCAGUCAAUGUAUGGUGGGAGGGGGCCAACAGGAACACUUUAGCAUUACACCAGCAUUUGUGAAUGUGUGCUUGGUCCAGGUAUCUAUAAAGUGAAGUGUAGCAUGAUGUUCUGACUCAUUGAGGUUAUCAACUGGCCCUACUACCUCCAUGGGCUCUUAAGAAAAUACAUCUGUAUUAGCAUUUUGUAUAUAU